AUGGCUAACAAUAAGUUCGAUUUUGAGUCCAUAAACGAGGAACGUGUGCAUAAAAAUGUCAAUGGAGAAAUGGUCUACUGUCCAAUUUGUCACUGUCUUUUAUGGAAGCCAGUUGCAUGUAAAUCAUGUGAAAAUUCAUAUUGUUCUCCAUGUAUGGAAGAAUGGAUAAGUAAAAACCAAGAUACAUGUCCUCUUGGUUGCCGAUAUGAACAACGUAAAUGUCCGCCUCUCCUAAUGAACAUUUUGUCAAAAUUGGCUAUCGAAUGUCGGUAUAAAACAAAUGGUUGUAGUGAAGUAGUGGCUUACGAAGCACUAGAAAAACAUCAGAAUGAAUGUAUUUAUCAAUUAGUUCAAUGGCUAGGAUGUGAACAAAAGAAAUUAGAAAAAGAUCUUGAUCAACAUCAACAUCAACAAGAUCAUGUGGAAUCGCAGUGUGCUGAGUCUGAAAAAACUUACGUACAAGAAGACAUCUCAACUCACAAUGGAAUAAAAUGUUUACAAUCUCAGUCCAAUUCCACAAAAGAAGAAAUGGAACAAAAAACAUAUAUUCAACAGAAUAUCUCGGAACAAGGAUUGAAAGUGGUGGAAGAAAUGUUGAAAACAAACUUCGAACAACUGACGAAAGUAAUAAGCGAAAAUGAUCGAAAAUAUAGAACUACUAUGGGAAAUCUAGAACAGAGGAUUCAACAACUUGAGUCACAAGCACAAAUUGGUUCAUGGACGUCAUGGGCUGAACGAGCAAUUACAAUUGCAGGCUCAACAAACGGUGCCAAAGGUUCAUCGUUAAAUGAGAUGAACAGCCCACAGGAUCUCUUUGUUGAUAAUGAAAAUAAUGUGUAUGUGGCAGACACUAAUAAUCAUCGUAUUAUAAAAUGGAAGCAGAAUGCAUCAGUUGGUGAGAUUGUUGCAGGAGAUAAUGGUCCAGGGAAAAACUCGAAUCAGUUGAACUGUCCAGCAGCUGUCUUUGUGGAUAAAAGUGAAAAUAUGUAUAUUUCUGAUCAUAGAAAUAAUCGUGUACAAAGAUGGAGUAAGGGAAUGAUUGUUGGCGAAACGGUUAUCGGUCCAUGUAGUCAAGGUUCAGCUAGCAAUCAGAUUAAUGACUUUUAUUGCCUAUUUAUUAAUAAAAGUAGAAAUAUUUAUAUAGCAGAUUGUUGGAAUCAUCGAAUAAUGUUGUGGAAGGCGAAUGCAAUUGACGGCAUUGUUGUUGCUGGUGGAAAUGGCAGUGGAAAUGCUCUAAAUCAGCUAUACUGUCCGUGGGGUAUUUAUGUAGAUGAAAAUGACAAUAUAUAUAUAGCUGACGCGGAGAACCAUCGUAUACAAAAAUGGUGUAAAGGAUCAGCAGUCGGUAUAACCGUCGCCGGUGGGAAUGGUCAAGGAUCCAAUUUAAAUCAGCUCAAUCGACCGCACUCUGUCACACUCGAUAGAAAUGGAAAUAUAUAUGUGGCUGAUCAGUGGAACCAUAGAAUAGUACAGUGGAUAACAGGACACAAAGCAGGACGAAUUAUUGCUGGAGGGAAUGGUCAAGGUUGUCAACCGAAUCAGUUAUUUCGUCCACAAGGAAUCAAUUUUGAUGCACGCGGCAACUUGUACGUUGCUGAUUGCUACAAUCAUCGUGUGCAAAGAUUCACCAUUCAUAGUACGUAG